AUGUGUUGCAAGAUUCUUGUAUCCCUUGUAUCACCUAUUCCCUUUCAAGAAAAAAUCUUCGAAUUUCUCCUGGCAUCUCUCACGGAAACACGACAGCAGUGCACCGAGCCGAGCCAAUACACACCGCACGAUAUUCUGUCCAAAAUGCACUUCUCAUUGACGACUGCUCUACUCUGGACGGCUUCGUUGGCCAGUGCCGGAAUUGUCAUAACACCGAUCAGCGACAAUAUGCUAGUGCCAAAGACUCCUGGCGACUGCUUCUUUGGAGUCGUAACACCUCAGGGCUGCGGACCCAAGAGAGCUUAG